GCCGCAGACAAAUCACUAUCGCGCAUCACGUCAUUUUCAUGCGACGGAAAGAAGAAGCUUGUAGUCGUUACUGACGUGACAAAUCAAAAUCUGUGGUGAACACAUCAACCGGGAAAGCUGCGCCCGUGCCUCUGCGUGACCGAGGCCUAAAACCUCUGCUGCUCCCUCUGAGAGGUCAACCGGAAGCUCGUCUUCUCACGGUCAGGAUGCACGGUCGGGUGAAGGUCAAAACUACGGCUCAGCAGGAGGAGGAGAAGAGAAAGGAGCGAGAGAAGAAGCUGAAAAUCUACGUGGCUGCACGUGAUGCCUGUUUUUCCAAGAGGAAGGAAGGUGUUUGUGACGAUGAAGCUCUUCAGCUGACUCAGCAGCUCCUGUCAUCCAACCCGGACUUUGCAACCCUCUGGAACUACCGAAGAGAGAUCCUGAUGCACCUGGAGACCGUCAAAGACCCGGAUGAGAUGCAGAAGAUUUACGAGGCAGAGCUGUCGUUUCUGGAGGCUUGCCUGAAAGUCAAUCCAAAGUCCUACGGGAGCUGGCACCACAGAGGCUGGGUCUCAGCCCGUUUGCCUCGACCGGACUGGGCCAGAGAGCUGAGCUUGUGCGACCGGUGCUUGAGCCUGGACGACCGCAACUUCCACUGCUGGGACUACCGUCGGAUGGUUGUGAAGGUGUCGGGCGUUCCAGUGGAUCAGGAGUUAGAGUUUUCCGACCGUCUAAUAGGAUCCAACUUUUCAAACUACUCCAGCUGGCAUUACCGCAGCACCCUGCUGCCUGUGCUGCACCCGCAGACCCGUCAGGAGCCGCCUCACGCUUCCUCCCCCCGAGGCCCCCAGUCCCACCGUGUCUGUGAAGAGCAGCUGCUCAAAGAGUACGAACUCGUUCAGAAUGCUUUCUUCACCGACCCCAACGACCAGAGUGCCUGGUUCUACUACCGCUGGUUGUUAGGCAGAGCGGAGCGGGAAGAGACAAUAAGCUGCGUCUAUGUGAGCCGUGAAGACGAGCGAGUGGCCGUGGCCUUCUCCAGGCCCAUCAAUGCCAGGUGUGUGGGACUCCUGCUGGUCCUGGACGGUCAGCCUCUGAGGGUGGAAUGGAGGAGUGUUCACCCACGCUUCAGGCACAGCCCUGUCUUGAUCUGUGACCUUCCACCUGGGACUAUAAAUGACGUCACCAACGAACACAACCUAACUGUGCACUGGACAGGGAACCACACUCACAGGGACUGUGCUCUGUACACAGGCCGGGUGGAGAGUUGGUGUCGGGACACUGCAACUGAUCAGGAGCUGUUCAGGAGUGAACUGUCAGUAGAGAAGACGUCUGUGUUGCAGUCAGAGUUGCAGUCGGUCAAACAGCUACAAGAACUGGAGCCUCUCAAUAAAUGGUGCCUGCUGACCAUUAUCCUCCUGAUGAGGGCACUAGACCCUUUAGGAUAUGAAAAGGAGACCCUUGCUCAUUUCCAAACCCUUAAAGAGGUUGAUUCCAUGCGAUCGGAGUACUACAGCGACCUGUGCUGCAAGUUCAUGAUAGAAAACACCAUCUUGAAAAUGGAGUACGCUGAAGUGCGAGUCUUUAGCAUCACGGACAGGAACCUGACGUCUCUGUGCCACCUGGACCAGCUGUUGUUAGUCACUCACAUCAACCUGUCUUCCAAUCGGCUGCAGCGGCUGCCGCCUCAGUUUGCCAUGCUGCAGUGCCUGGAGGUUUUGGAGGCUGAUAACAACUUUUUAGAAAACCUGGAGGGAGUCUAUCACCUUCCCCGACUCCAGGAGGUCUCCUUGAAGAAUAAUAAAAUAUCCACCCUAACCGACCUUCAGCCACUGGCCUCCUGCCCCGAGCUAAAGCGCCUCGACCUCCGUGGCAACCCCGUCACUCAGGCGGCGAGCGUGGAGUCGGAUUUAGCGGAGCUGCUGCCCUCAGUCACAGACCUGCUGCUCUGAUCGGGAGCAGGGCAGGAAUCACUGCCACCGCCGCUGUGCUUGGCCAUGAGAAAAUGUGUGUGUGUGUGUGUUUACAGUGUCUUAUGUUUUGUUUGAAAAGUCCCAGAAUCCAGACAGUUGGAUGUUUCAGAGCAGAUGCCAGCGUGCACAUGUGGACUGAUGUCCUUCACUCCAAUGCAUGCAGAAACACUGAUCCAAUCCCAUCACUCAGUGUGAGAAGACAGUGGGGUCCUACCACUGUGUGUAGCAUUUAAUCAUGACGUGACACUGUUGAGCAUCAAGUCACUGAAACGGUAAUAAACGGCACACAUUGAGUCUU